AUGACCAAAUCAGUAUUUUUUUUUUUUAAUGAAAUGUUAUUGCUAGAGGAGCCCCAGGCAAGCCUGGUUGUAGCCGUGAGUGGGCUUGAGGGGAUCUUGAGACAGAGGCCUCUGCGCCUUCUCCUCCCACUAGUGGUGGGGCAGGCGGGGUGCCUCCCCGAAUCCAAACUCCCCACCUUCCCAGGGGCUUUCUCUGCCCUGCCCUCCCCAGUGCCCACCCCAGGCCCGGGUCUCACCUGGUGGUGCUGGGCCCCUCACCGCCUCAGCCAGGGCCCCGUGUGGUUGGUGCUCCUCAUCUGA